AUGUCGCUCUCCGACCUCCUCAACAUCUCUCGCACGGUGCGCCGAGACAAGGCGCAGCAGCAGGACCUUCUGCCCGUCCCCACCUCCAGCACCUCAACGCCGGCUCGGCUGUGCAACAUCUGCUACGCCAGGCCGGCGGGCUACAACUGUCCCCGAUGCAACAUCCCAUAUUGCUCACUGGUGUGUUUUCGGAGGAAGGAGCAUGAGGAGUGCUCGAGUGCAUUUGCUUCGUCCGAGAUCAGCGUGGCGUCCGGGUCAAAUGUUCUGGUUGAGGAGGAGAGGGAGCGGCGGAAGGUGGUGGACAUUCUCGGGAGGCUGGAGAGCGGAGAGAGGGAGGCGAGAGAGAGACAAGAGGAUGAAGAGGAUAGCAGCGAGGUUGAGGACGGGGAUGAAGGGGCGGAUGUCCGGGUGGGGUUGACAGCUGAGGACAUCGAAGGCGCCUCGACGGAUGCGUUGCUCGCCAUGCUGACGCCGAAGGAGAGGGUUAGAUUCUUGGCCGCCGCCAGUGAUCCGGCGCACGCAAAGGUAUUGAUGGAGCGGCUUGACAGGAAGGCCGAACGACGGGCAAGGCUAGACAUGGCAUCAAAGCAACAAGGCGUUCUGAUAGCAUCGACUUCCGACGUUACACCACGCCAGGCCAGGCCGACAACGCAGUGGCAAACCUCGCCCUGGUUCGAGAAAGCAGGCGCAAGUCCCGCCUUUUCCCGCAGAUCGACGGACCAAAUCUCGUCCUUCGUAGCGGCGCUUGCCAAGAUUCUCUCGGCUCGAGAUUCCAUCUCGACAAAGAAGGAUUCGCCUGCACCCGUCAACCUCGGCUACAACCUGUGCACCUUCCUCAUGGCCCACGCCUACACGUUGAGGAAGAUGGACAUCGAGAGCCUGUCGGAGGCAUCGAAUCGUUCCGCAUCUAGCACUGCAGCUGUCGAGGCAAAUGCAACACACUCGUUGACAUCCGUGUUCGAGCCUCCGAACGUGGGAGAUCACGACGACGAUGAGCCUCCGCCGCUCGAGCCUGACAGUCCGACCAUUCCGGCAGCGACUCUGCCUUCCUUGUCGUCCAACACGGACAGUCUGCCGACACCCGCUGCUGAAGCUCAAAUUCUCGGUGAUCCCAACUUGUUCACGGACGUCUUCACCCAAUUGAGUCGCCUAGCAUCCUUCAUCUUCGAGCACCCCUCGCCCAGCGGCGCGACUUCUCGAGCAAGCAGCAGCGACCACAGCAAGGUGCUCCUGACCUCUCUCGACGAGUCUUCGAUGUGGCUCCUCUCGCGACUGUCGCUCGAAUCCGAAAUUGGCCAUGGCGGCGCCGACGCCCUCAGCCUUCAGCUGCUGGAGGAUCUCGAAAAGCUGCUCAGUCGCGAGCAACUCGUUCCCACCUUCAGCUCUGAUCAAGAGGUCGAGCCGAAGUAUAUUUUGGCGUCCAAGCUCGCAUCGCUAUCGCUGCAGCAGGCGUUCGUAGCUGCGCAAACGCCACUUCUGCUCAACGCCGUCGCAGACUUGUACUUCUUCCUCGAGGAUCUAUCUGUCCUAGCAGCGUCAAAGCCCGCGUUGUCGGCGGACAUCAACCCGAAGGCCAUCAAGCUGUCGCAAAGGAAACUUUGCUUCUACUUCUGCAAUGCUUUGCCUCGAAGUCAGACACUGCUUGCCGAGGUGCAGGCCUCCAUCCACAGCCUUCGCCUCCAAAUUGGUGCAGCGAGCCAAGCCGACAAACUCGCGGCGGCCAUCAGUCUGGCGGACACAGACCACGCCACCACGUCGCCACACGUUGGCAUCGCUAUUCAAGAGUAA